GAGGCGCGGCCUGGCCCGGCCUGCUGCGACAGCGGCGGCGGCGGCGGGGAGGCCGGGCGGCUCCAUGGCUUUCAUCCGCAGGCGGCGGCUGGAGCGGGAGCUGUACUCCAAGGAGAGGUUUUCACUGCUGCUUCUUAACCUGGAAGAAUAUUACUUUGAACAGCACACAGCUAAUCAUAUCAUAAAUAAAGGUUGCAGGGAUGAAAGAAAAAUCAGAGGUUCUCUAAAAAUCUGUUCAAAAUCAAUCAUUUUUGAACCUGAUGAAAAUAUCCAACCCAUUAUCAAGAUACCAUUGAGAGACUGCAUUAGUAUAAAAGCCUCAGAAGACAAUGAAGCAAAUAAUCCUUUCACUCGGGAAACAUCUGGAGGGAUUUCUGUUGUAUGUAAUCAGGCUUUUCUCAUUAAAGAAAGAAACAUUAUUGCACCCUAUAAAACGGUCAGAGGUACCACAGAACACUUAUUUCAGCUGGAUGUGGCUGGGAAAGUAGGAGAUGUUGUGCAAACUCUACAUCAGCUCUACAGGGCUUCUUGUCUAGAUAAGAUGGGAGAUCAAGCUGCCAUGAUAACUGCUAUACUGCAAUCCCGUUUGGCUAGAACUUCAUUUGAUAAAAACAGAUUUCAAAGCAUUUCUGAAACGCUGAAUAUGGAAUGUAAAGCAGAAAUGGUGACACCACUGGUGACUAAUCCAGGGCAUGUGUGUGUUACUGAUGCUAACUUGUACUUCCAGCCUCUUAAUGGAUAUCCUAAACCAGUAGUACAAAUAACACUGCAAAAUAUACGUCGCAUCUAUAAAAGAAGACAUGGUCUAAUGCCACUGGGACUUGAAGUAUUUUGCACAGAAAAUGAUCUAUGUUCUGAUAUCUACUUGAAAUUCUACAGCUGUCAAGAUCGAGAUGAGCUCUAUUUCCUUAUUGCAACAUAUCUAGAAAAUCAUAUUACAGAGCAUACAGCUGAAAGUUACAUGUUACAAUGGCAGCGAGGACAUUUAUCGAACUACGAAUAUCUUCUUCAUCUCAACAAUCUGGCUGAUAGGAGCUGCAAUGAUCUCUCCCAGUAUCCUGUAUUUCCCUGGAUCAUAGCAGACUACUCUAGUUCAGUAUUAGAUCUAACAAAGCCUGAAACAUUCCGUGAUCUUAGUAAACCAAUUGGUGCCCUGAAUAAGGAAAGGCUGGAUAGAUUAUUGACACGUUAUCAGGAAAUGCCAGAACCUAAGUUCAUGUAUGGGAGCCACUAUUCAUCUCCGGGUUAUGUUUUAUUUUAUCUUGUUAGAGUUGCUCCAGAAUAUAUGCUCUGUCUGCAGAACGGAAAGUUUGAUCAUGCUGACAGAACGUUUAACAGUCUUGCAGAAACCUGGAAAAAUUGUUUGGAUGGUGCGACAGAUUUCAAAGAGUUGAUUCCAGAAUUUUAUGAAAAUGAUUCUAGUUUUCUAGUAAACAGUUUGAAGUUGGACUUGGGAAAAAGACAAGGUGGAAAGACAGUUGAAGAUGUAGAGCUUCCGCCUUGGGCAUCAGGUCCUGAUGAUUUUCUUCAGAAGAGCCGAGAGGCUUUAGAGAGUCAGUAUGUAUCAGAACAUCUUCAUGAAUGGAUUGACAUUGUAUUUGGCUACAAGCAGAAGGGAACUGAAGCGGUUGCAGCUCACAAUGUGUUUCACCCAUUAACUUACGAAGGAGGAGUGGAUUUAAACAGUAUUAUGGACCCUAAUGAAAAAGUAGCUCUGCUGACACAAAUCUUGGAGUUUGGACAGACGCCAAAACAGUUGUUUACAAUUCCUCAUCCCCAACGGAUAUUAUCGAAAAGCUCCUCUCGAACAUCUAUUCACAGUGUUUCCAUAACUGAGUCUCCAGUUUCUCCAAAUGAAGAAUCGUUUGAAGAUUUGACAGAAGAAAGUAUAACGCUUGCUUGGAAUAAUAUUGCCAAACUAAAAUUAGAUGAGCAAUAUAAAAUUCACAAAGAGGCAAUUACUGGAAUAGCAGUCACAGGCAAUGGGUCUUCUGUUUUCACUACAUCCCAAGAUUCAACUUUGAAGAUGUUUUCUAAAGAAUCAAAAACACUCCAAAGAAGUGUGUCCUUUUCAAAUAUGGCCUUGUCAUCUUGUCUAAUCUUACCAGGAGAUACCACUGUCAUAAGUUCUUCAUGGGACAAUCAUAUAUAUUUUUAUUCGAUUGCAUUUGGAAGACGUCAAGACAUCUUAAUGGGACAUGAUGAUGCUGUCAGUAAGAUUUGUUGGCGUGAUGGGCGUUUAUAUUCUGCGUCUUGGGAUUCCACUGUGAAGGUGUGGCACUGUGUUCCUGGAGAGACCUUGAGCAAUAAAAAACACCACUUUGAACUCCUUGCAGAGUUAGAACAUGAUGUUAGUGUAAAUACAAUCAACCUUAAUGCUGCAAAUACUGUACUGGCAUCUGGAACCAAAGAGGGUACCAUUAGUAUUUGGGAUGUUACUACAGCAACAAUGUUGCACCAGUUGCCAUGUCAUUCUGGGACUGUGUUUGAUGCUGCUUUUAGUCCCGACAGCAGACAUCUACUCAGUGCAGGAGAAGACUGUUGUUUUAAAGUGAUUGAUGUGCAGACUGGAAUGCUCAUAUCUUCUGUAACUGCUGAUGAGCCACAGAGGUGUUUCAAAUGGGAUGGAAAUACCAUCUUAUCAGGAAGUCAGUCUGGUGAAUUACUGAUUUGGGACCUUCUUGGUGGAAAAGUUACUGAAAGAAUCAGAGGACAUACAGGUGGUGUAAUGUCCAUGUGGAUGAAUGAACAAUGCAACAGUGUUAUUACAGGAGGGGAAGACAAACAAAUCAUGUUCUGGAAACUGCAAUACUAAGUGCCUUUCCCUCCAGACAUUUAAACGAACUCUUUAUUUUAAACCAAACCUUUUAAAGGAACUUAACUGUGUGCAAUGAUGGCUGCUGAAGUUCGACCAGAUAGGAAGCUCUGUUCAACUACAACUUUCUAGAUUAUGGCGACUUCACUGAGAGCUCUUAACUUCCACAGUGUAUGCAUUUAUUUUUCAUGGACUAUCAUUGAAAAUGCUUGUCUAAAGUGAUAUGAGAUAACAUUAAAGACCUAUUUUUCUGUAAUUAAAGAUCUCUUAACUGGCAGUCAUUGUUUGAUUUACAUAGACUGUAUCCAUGGCAUGUUGUCUGAACUGGUUUAAAAGAAGACUCUCUUGCAUUCUCAAGUCUUUUAAGGAUGCUUGCACCUCUGUGUUAUGUCUCAUGACAUAAUGUAUGUACCUCGUGUAGGAAACCUCUUCCUAGUGAAGAUGCAUACAAAGGUAAGGUAAAUACUACUUUCAACACUUACUGCUAAGACAGCUGUUGGGCUGAGCAGUGGUCAGUUUAGUGCUGUCUAGUUUCCAACUGUCAUUAUCUGCAAAGGCACAGAGAAGAAUAAGAACAAGUUUUAUAUUGUUUUUUCCUGUUAUUAAAAAGAAAAUGGGGGGAAGGAUACACCUAAAACCACACCCUAUUGUAGUAGCCUGAAAGGAAGCCAAGUAUAAAACUGGUCCCCUAGCAGAGAAGUAAUACAUACACGUAAUAUGUUGAUAUAAAUCUUCCCUAAUAAUUGGGUUUUAUUACUGCUGCCUUUCAUCACUUCUGUUACUAUCCUUUUCUUAUUCAUCUUCACCUUUUCUAUAUGCUGUUUCUAUAUGCUUCUUUCAACUCAGAUAGGCUUUGGGAUGGCAUUUCAAUACAACUUUCAAAUAGAGCUACAACUUCUGGCUUUGUGUGCUCCUUUCUGUCUUAACCUAGGGUCAAAGUGGUGUUGUAUUGGGCUUAUUUUCCCUGUAGGACUUAAGACUGUUUCCCUGCAAGGAACUAUUCUGAGGGUAAAGACUUCAGGUAAUAGCCUUUAAGUGGCAUAUUUAAAAAAUAGUCACCUGCAGCUGUGAUAUUUCAGUGUGACCCAUGAUUAUUAUUUCUCUGAUGGUAUUCUCUAUGGCUAAUGCUAAGAAGCUUUGCUAAUGUGUCCAGGGCAAACAUUCCUCUAAAUUACACUGUCAGUCCUUUGAGCCUUAGGACAUAAUGCCUUGGUUUUGAAACUUAAUAGCUAUGUCAAGAGGCAGCUGUUUCUUUAGUUAGCACUGUAAAAUAAUUGUUUUAUGGUCAGUGGCAUUAUUUAUUUAGCCUUUUUUUUUUAUGAUGGGAUUUAAACCUUCUCAGUGUUCUAAUGGUAUAGAGUUAAAGCAAACUUCAUCUACAUUGCUCAUUUGGAUUAAUUGAACUUUAUGUAAUCAAUUAUUGUGUGGUGAAGGCACAUGUAACAAAAAAAUUAAGCCAUAUCACAUGCACUUUGUUACCAGACUUGAUCUUGCAGGAGAAUGGUUGGUGUUUACUCUGUUUCUUUGCUUUUCAUUUUAUGUAUUUCCCACAGAGCUGUAUGUAGUCAAGAAACAUGGAAAUCAAAUUCUACAACUGCCUGGAGAGGUCUCAGGUGCAUUUUGCAGCAUGUUAAAAGUUUUAAUUGUGCCUGUCAUUGUUCAUUUGCCUCCACCCUACUGUAUUUCAUCCCUGGCCCCAAGGGUUAGGCUUUCUGCAUACAAUACUACUGUGAGUUUAAGAUUUGCACUGCAAUUCAUUUUCCAUUUUAGCAGGAACUGAGUAAGAGGUACUAACCUGCAGUUUUUGUUUGAACUAUACUCUAAUGUGCUUGAAAAAUCAGAAAGAGCUACCCUUUCCUUUUCACACACCUUUUUUUCCAUGUUGUCUUAUUCAAGUUUCAGACAGGCAUGCUCCUUUCGCAUCCUAUGCGGCAUGUGUUUUUUGCGCUUGUCUGUGUGUGUUCCUCUAACUUUUUUUUAACUGUUUAAAUUUUAUAUAUAUAUACACAUAAUAUAAAAUAAGCAUAACAACUUAUCCACUUACACUCAGUAGGGAAUUGAAGGGAUUUAGUCAGUGAAAAGCUGGUCAAACUAGUGUUUACAGGUUUGAAAAGAUUUACUUAAAUGAGGGGUUUUAAAGUUUGAAGGGGUGUAGAAUUGUCCCCUGCUAAAUAGUCUGCUCCUAAGGAGAAGUUGGUUAGAGACAGAGACCAUACGUUCUUUGCGCUACAGGGGUUUCAUAGCUAAGUAAGCUACUGUGCUAGAGUUCCUUAAGGUUACUGCUACAGGUCACAGGUUCAACUCCCAUGCUUCUGAGCCAUUCCAAGGCUGCAUGAAGUCAGCUACUGCCAGUAAGUGCUUACCCCACUAGUUUUUAGAGACAAUUCAAUUAAAGUGGCUCCCAGGAAGAAUUUGAUCACCACUGCAACCUGAAGUAAGGUUCUGUUACUGUGAGAGAAAACCAGUGAACUUCAUUUGAGAAGCCAGAAAUGGCUGAACUUGAAGUGCUAAAUUUGGCAGUGUUCCCAGGAAGAAAAGUAUGUCUGUGCAUUCCCAACUCUACCCUCCCAGUGCAUUUCCUACAAGCUGGAAAAGCUACAGCUAGCUACAUUAUGCUAGUAAGGGAUUGGCAACCUGGGACUAUACUUAUUGCAGGGUCAAGCUGUGAACUGUUUUAUUAAUUGCACUUGCACUCAGCUUUUGAAAUGUUUUUUUUCAGUUAGAUGGACACGCCAAGUAAGUCAUGUACCAUCUUCCCUAACCAAUUUUGGAUCCUGGUUCAUUUAGAAAAGGAAAUCUAAAUUGAUUUCCUGCACCCAUUAAUACCUAUACUAAACUAAAAUUACUCGCAUUGGGCUACUGCAACAUAUGAGAGACAACUUCACAGCUAGAAGCUAGAAUAGAACAUGAAAAAAGAAACUGCUCACCACCUGGCAUUUAGCUUCAGGUCACUUAACUUAAAACAUGCCUUGAACAGGCCUAGGACCUUUGUUAGAAAGCUAUUUAAAACUUUAUUUCCUACCUUGUCUUUCUUGCCAGCUGAAAGUGACCUUAAGGAAGAAACCUGUCUCAGCUCAUCUCAAGAAGAACGUGCACACACCAUCUAAAGUUUCAGUCAUUUAUUUGGUUACUUCUGAAUCUUGGUUAAGGCGAGAGAUAAGCGUAUCAGUUACAAUUUGUAUAACAAGUAAUAAAAAGAUUUGGUUAUCUGUACACUACCUUAUUUAAUAUACUUACUGAAUGAUGCCUUCAGCUAUAUUCAGCUUAGCUGGCAUACUUGCGUAAACAGAAUUUACUAGAACAAGAAAUAAA